GUCUUGGCAUACCUAGUCAAAAUGUCCAGUGAUUACUAUUUUACCAAAUGGAAGAAAACCCUUGCCAGCUUACAGAGCCUCAUAGAACUUGAUCUUGAAUAUCAGGAAACCAAAGCCCAUGAUAAGCAAUGCUGCGAAGCCGCUCAGCGUUUAUCAGGGAUACUUGGAAGAUACAUUGUGUGUUACAACGACGCACUAGAAUGUCUAAAACAUAAUCUUCAAGUACAGAAGACUGUAUACAUAGCUAAUGUCGUCACAGCAAUAGUAGCCAGGAUUCGAGAAAUUAACAAACAUUUACGAAAACUUGAAGCCGCUUAUAUCCAUUUUAUAAAUAGCGGACUAAUUGAAAAUAAACUCACUCCGUUUGAUGUGGAAUUGGCUGAUAUUCCUGCAAAACAUGAAAGAUCUCAAGAAAUAAAUGAUUCUAUAAUCAGAGCUUUGCAAACAGUUGCUCAAAUAGAAGAAAGAAAAGAUGACAAAGCAGGAACAGAAGAUGCAGUUUCUGCGCACUUAGCUAAGUGGAGGAAAAAUAAUGUAGAAAUAGGAGACAAAAAACCUAAAAAACUUGACAUAACAAAGAUUUAUGAAGUAGAAGAAAAAAUGUCAGAGGAAACAUUAAGGAGAAAACAAAAAGUGUUUAUAAUUCAGGCACACGAGAGAACUAGGCAAAUAACACGUCUGGUCAUAAGACAAAUACGAAGGAAAGAAAUAUGGGCAAAGGAACUACUAGGAACUUUAAACCCUCCAGCACCAAUUGUGAUUAGACAAAGAAGUGCAGCACUAAUUCAAAAGGUUUUGAGAUUUUACUUUGAAUUGAAAAGAAAAAAGAAUAAAGAUUGCAGAAGAGAUGAACUAUUGCAAUUGAGGUUAUGCAAUAAACCAUCUUACAAAGAAAACUCAAUACAUAAAGUGAUAAUCAAUGAGCGAUUUAAGUUGUAUAAAAAAUAUGAAGAUCAAAGAAGUGCGUAUAAUGAAGAAUUCAAGAAAAGCUUUUUCAAGAGAAAUCAUGAAGACAUUGCUGAACAUGCAAGAGAUAACAUUAGAGAUUGGUUUCAGAAAUGGUACAAUGAAGUGAUGUUAUUCUAUGAUAUCCCUAAAGAAAAUAAAGGUGGGUCAGCUUUGAUCAUAAAAGAAGAAGUUUUAUCACCUGCCGAAUGGAAAGUACAGUAUGAAGCAUACUUAGUAAAUAAGAAAGCGAAUAAAAGGAAAACUGCACAGCAGCUGAAACUGGAAAAAAAAUUAGCCAAAGAAGAAGAAAUUAUUUUGAAAAGAGAGAAUAUGGAAGAGAAGAAAUUAAAAGCAGACCUUCUAAAGAAGAUGAUGAAAAACCCCAAACUGCAUCCAGGGUAUAAAUAUCCUGCUUCAAAGAAAACUGAACCUAUAUUGCAGGCAAUAAAUACAUACUAUCAAAAUUGGUAUGAUUUGGAUAAGAAAGAUAUGAAUGCAAAAGAAAAAUUUAUUAAAAGUAUAGAUGAAGAGCAAAUCUGUAUGGAAGUAAAGUUAGAGAUAAAUAAAGUUGUUGAUGUUGAUAUGAGAGAAGAAUUGAAACAGUUAAAAAGAGCUCUAAAAGAAGAUUAUAAAAGAGAUGAGAAACCAAUGCCAGAAAAAAUUAAAGAAAGGUCAAAAUGUCGAAAGAAACAGCGGAAAACAAAACUGAAAAGAAACGAAAAUUUUGACGAAAAUUUAACGUAUUUGGCAGUAAGUAAGGUGUUAAAAGAGUACCCGAGAAGGGACUUCGAGGACUUUUUAGGGGAUUCCAAUUUUGCUGGAGACAAUUUCAGAUGUAUCCUAAGACCAGCAUUACACUUCGGUGCCGAGACGAGAGCAGUUUGGUGGGAGAGCUGUCGUAAAGUGAUUCACGGUUUUAAACGCAUUCUGUUGGUGGGGCCCAGAGGCAGUGGGAAGACGCGUUUAGUGCAUAUCCUAGCUUCAGUUAAUGAUGCAAUAUUAUAUGAGUUGGAUCCAGCCCAGGUGUCAGAAUGCCAUCAGACUACAGAGUACUUGCAGCAGCUCGUGAGCUAUGUAUCCGCGUGUGCUAAGACAACGCAACCAUCGGUCAUAUAUAUCAGGGAUGUCCAAAGACUCUUCUAUAAAAAGGUUCCAGCUAAAGAGAUCCACAUAAAUUUGGAUUUAAUGAAGCGAUUUUUCUUACGAAAGUUGUUCAAAAAGAUCCACCAUCAUGACAAUGUAACAAUAAUAGGCACUUGCACGGAUCCCUGGUUGACGAAAAGUAAGCCGAUGUUAAAGAUAUUUCCAACUGUCUUACUCCUACCAGAUACCAGCUACUCCGCUGUUUAUCUCAUCCUACAAAACUGGGUUUUAAACAACCGUAUAGUCCCACCGGAUUUGGAUAUUCAUAGUUUAGCUCACGUUCUUCAGGGAUACUCUUUCGGUUACCUCGUUAAAACUUUGGACGACUUCCUGACAGCUGAUGAAAUAGUAAAAAUAGCAGCAUACGGAUUGAGUCCUCAAACAGUUUACGAAUACAUUAUGCAAGAUAAUAAUGUAACCAAAGUUGACUACCAAAGGUAUCUUAAAUGGUAUACACAAAACACUCGCUGGGGAAAAAUUGAAAGUAAACGACUACAAGAAGAUCAAGAUUUUAGAGCGCUCGUAGAAGACUGGAAAGAAAAAAUGCAAAAAAAGAAGAAA